UUUUACUCCAGUUUAAGCCGAAGUGUGAUACACUGUGAGCGUUAACGUAUAUUUAGUUCGACUGCAUACCUACUUAAAUGCAUGAAAACUAAAACUUGUACUUACCUAUCAUGAAGUGACUUUCAUAAUUGAUUCCUGCUUAACUGAUUUGUCUAAGAAAAAGUGGAUAGCAGAGGUGGAAACGGAUUAACUAUUCAAAUUGGAUACCUUCAACUAUUAAUUCGUUUAACUACGAUGCCUAAUAAUGUUGAGAGACCAACUGCAACAUACUAUAAUACUAAUUAUGAAUAUACAUUCAUACAAAAUAAGGAUAGCGAUGGCCCCAAAAUGCAUGGUAUCCGACGCGUAAUUACGUUUUGUAUACUUACCACACUCCUGCCGACAAUUCUUAUCAUCCUACCACUAUAUUUGAGAAACACCAGAUAUGCAGAUGUAAUGUAUAAAAUAUCAGAUUCAGAGGUUAUCCAAAUUCACAAAGGACAAUCAUCCAUAUUUUGUGAAAAGCAUUCUCUGAGAAUGAAUGGCCCAUUCAAUGCUUUUCAAAUGAAAGGGAGGCCUAUUCUGUCUGAAAAAAGAAAACAUAUUCGCCUCAAAAAAUCAAUGACCCUACCGGAUGAUACACUGGAGUAUUGGGGUUUUUAUCUCUUCAAAGGUGCCAAAGUUGAACUGAAGGCUUGUUCAAGGUAUGAAGGUUCAAAAAUACUGGUUGUUAAAGGUGACAAUAUUUUAAAUACCUGUGGAAUUUUAGAAGACUCUACAAACAAAGCAGACAGACACCUCAUUGAGAAACCUGAGCAUGUUUCAGUGACAUUAGAAAACCCCCAGAGGAAACAAGAAGAAGCUGAAGAAGUUUUUAAUACACUUGAUGAUGAAGAAGAUGAAGCUCUAUUAGCUACAAGGAAUAUUAUACAACAUGACAUUAACAAACAUUCCAAAUUUAAUCACCCUGGUGAGAACAAACAUCAUGAUGGAUCUUUAAGAAAUAUUCAGAGUACUGUAAAUAAAAACAAAGUUAAAAGAGAUAUUAAGUCUCCACCACUUCACAAUCCAAAUACUGUGCUAGAUGCUGGUGUGUAUCAUGGAGGAAAUGCAUUCAAUAGCACCACCACCGACUCAUCAGUAUCCAGUUUUGAAUUAAGUCUGCUAGAAUGUUACAGUGGCAAUAUGCUCAUAAAUGAAUACUUUCCCUACUCAACAAAAUGCAAUGGUUCAAAUUAUUUGGAAAAAACUACUACACUGAAAGUAACCCAUGACGUUUUACAAGAUGGGUACUAUUAUUAUAUUUUUUAUAGUGACAAUGAUAUAGUACAAAAUGAUAUUCAUGCCAUUUUUGAUAUUUAUAAACCAACAUUCCAAUAUACAAACAUGUCUGAGUCCAAGGUCUGUGUCAAUCAAACAGAGUGUGAAUUUGAUGUAGCAUUUUUUAGUGAUGAGCUGGUGAUAGUAGAAGUGCCAACAAAGGAUGGGAUCAGAAGUGCAGAGAAUGAUUCAUCCAUUCUCACUUCAGUCUGCCAUCCGAGAGUUAAUGUUUAUGUCUUCUUUCCUAUUGCUGUUCUCAUGAUGAUUCUACUAUUUGCAUUUUUAUGAUAUUUAAUCAAGGUUUGUUUAUAUUACAUUGUUAUAAAAAGAAGCUUUAUGAGAAGUGUGAUAUUAAUUUAAUACUUAAAUAAUCUCAUGUUAUUUAGUAGGUAUACUGUUUUUGACUAUCUAUAGUUUAUGAGAAGACUUUCUUGUACAUCUAUUUUAAGUACCUGUGUUAGAGUAAGUAUAUUUUAUUGUAUAAAUGUUGUAGACAAGUAACUAAUAAUAUGAAAUAAUAAUGUAGUUUUAAGAAAUGUGAAUUAAAGUUUGUAAGUAGGCAUAUAUUGGUUUCUUUAAGGCAUACUUCCCUAUUGGGUCUCAAAAUUUUAUCCUAUAAGCUAUUGCUAAUCUAUCCCUAUGCUAUUAUCCGCGGGGGUGUAAGUAUAACUACACCUUUGUGCAUAUCACCAAGGUCUAAACUGCCUUCCUAAGAUUGGACCAUUUCCCACCACGCUGCCGCUGGUACACUGGGUUGGUUGGUCACACAUCUAGAUGUUUUUCUUCACCGUAGAACGAUAGUACCUACCUUUGAAAUUAAACCUUGAACAUAUGACACAGGGCUUAAAUAUCAAUGUCUAGCAUAGAGUCGAGUCGCCGUUCGCUGAGUUGUUAUACUGUGCGAAGACCUUAUAGCGGUAUUUGAUGGAUGUAGUACCUAGAUAGGUUUCCCAGCCGAGUCCAUGCAAACGAGGAAGCUCGCUCACUAUCUGUGUGUCCUCGCCAACCUCAUAAGGAAUCCGAUAGUCACAAUGCUUUCCCGUCGGCACUGGCAGGUCAAUGUACCCGGUCGAUCGAUACUGUGGGACGACAUUGAACUGCCGACACGUCGACGGGGUUUUCUAUCACUCGUGAGAGUUGCGAUCAUCACCAGACAUCAGUCUGGUAGUGUAACCGGUAUCGUCGUCCCCCGUAUACCUACCUCCCUAUCAACUAAUGGUAUUGAGGAAAAAGUUAAAUAUAUUAUGUUAUCUCUUGGCUUGGUAGGUAAAUCUUGAAUCCUGAUAUUAAUAAAAAAAAAUCACUGACUUUCAUUUAUCUAUUAGAACUCUGGUAUGCCUUCUUGUCGAUACCAUUAUUAAACAUAAAAUAUCCUCAAAAGUCACUAAUACUUUGAAUAAAAUUUAUUCCAAAAAUAUAAAUAAUUCGAAAUGAACAUAAUUAUAAACCAUGUAGAAAACAUAAUUUCAAAAUCGAAAUGCAAAAGUAAAUGGGAUAGUACAGGAAAACAAGAAGGACCUUGUUAUAAAGGAAAGUAAUGAACAUUAUUAAGGAAAUUUUGAUUUAUUAUUUCCACAUAGUUGUGUCCAAAGUGCGUUCAACAGGCUCUGUAGGCAGAUCUUCUGUAAACAAAAUUAUUCUAUUUCAUUACAAUAUUCGCAUAAAGAGGUUCCGAUCGGGAAUGGAGUGCUACAGUUUUAUUAUAUCAAUAACAAUACAAUUAUGAUAUUUCAUUUAUUUAUUCACCGUAUUACAAAAACAGUUACCAUUAUGUACAACUGGAAAGAGAUACAAUACAAUGUUUCCUUCUAGCAGUUUUGUGAUUGAAAUAGCCUCUCCAGUACCCGAUGAGACCCCUCCGCAGACGGCAGAGGGGGCUGCGCGGAACGGGGGCCAUCCGGCCGGGCCGGGCUUAUUCCUACGUUAAUAUUUAACUUAUAUUGAUACGUCUAUUAUAGUAUAAUGUAUUCAUUAAUUAAACUAAAA